AUGUCUCGACGUCCGACUCCCGGGCAAGCUGCCCAAAAUUCGCAGACCAUCAAAAGUUUGUUGAAACUUGAGCACAACAAGAUAUGUGCCGAUUGCAAACGGAACAAGCAUCCGCGAUGGGCUUCCUGGAACCUAGGUGUCUUUGUCUGUAUCCGCUGCUCGGGAAUCCAUAGGGGUAUGGGCACGCAUAUCAGCCGAGUCAAGUCCGUGGAUCUCGAUGCGUGGACCGAUGAACAACUCCAAAGUGUGAUCAAAUGGGGAAAUUCAAGAGCAAACAAGUAUUGGGAGGCGAAACUGGCCCCCGGCCAUGCCCCCUCGGAAGCAAAAAUCGAGAACUUCAUCCGGACCAAGUACGAGAGCAAGCGAUGGGUAAUGGAUGGCGAGAUCCCCGAUCCAUCCACCUUGGACGACGGCGACGACGACGUUCCUCUCGCCGUUGUACAAGAGAAAGCCAAGAUCGAACGUUCUGCUUCCCAGCGAAUCGCCGCUCCCAGCCAACCCCCGGUACACCGGCAACAAGCCUCGAUUGAUCUGUUCGGCGAUGAUAUCUCCCCUCCAGCGCGCCCCAGCACAACCGAUCCUACUCUGCGUGCGCCGCCUAGACAAGCACAGCCCGCACCUGUCAAGACUCACAAGCCAAAUGAUUCCCUUUUGGGUCUCGACUUCUUCGGCAGCACUCAACCAGCCGCUGCCAGUCGCCCGGCUAGCACCGCAUCCACGCCAGCGGCACCAACAGGAAUGUCUCGCCCAGACCUCAAACAAUCCAUUUUGUCUUUGUACUCGAAGCCGCAGCCCGCACCGCCCGCGCAGCACCAGCGGGGUAACUCGUUCGGCGACAUGGCCUCUCCCGCGCCUCCGUCGGCUUCAUCGAACAUGGGUGGUCUGACGGAUGCCUUUAGUGGACUGAGUUUCCCUUCCACGACUUCUCCUCCGCCGGCCAAGCCCGUCGAGAAGCCCUCUGCAUUCUCCAACCUCGCAUCUUUCGGCGCUGCCAAAUCCACACCUGCCGCCCCGCGAGUCACAUCGCCGUCGGGGUCUGCCAGCGGUGACCUGUUUGAAAGUUUCGCCUCUCCUACCAUGUCUGCACCUAAGCCUCAGUCCCGUACCACUUCUGUGUCCUCGGGCGGGCAAGACUUUGGAUUCGGAGGAUUUACUUCACCCACUGCUAAGCCUAACCCUCCUUCGUCGUCUCUUUCCAAUGACCUGUUCGGACUUUCCUCGCCUCCUGCCGCAUCAACAUCAACGGUCUCGCCACCCAAGUCUACUGCCACUUCACCCCAGCAAGAGAUGAAAUCCGCAUUCAACAUUUCUGCUCCGCCAAUUCAGCCCCCCGCCCCCAAGGUUCCAGCUCCCAGCGCUGCGACUGCCGCGGCAGCCAACAUGAUGUCUGGCAGCCUUGACCCGUGGGGAGGUAACGCCUGGAGUACGCCCGACCGCGCCCCUUCACCUGCCGCCCCUGCUCCCUCCACUGCAUCCAUGAUGAAGGUCCCUGAUACCCUGACUCCAAACGACAUGGGUAAUGGCUGGGGUGCCCCUAGCCCUGCUUCCAAGGCCCCAACCACAGUAGCAGCUGACGAGGACUUUGGUGGCUGGGCCAGUGCCGCCCCAGUGUCCAACCCUACUCCCUCGGUUAACACCAGCAAGCCAUCCGGUGGGUUUGGUGGCUCCGACGAUCUCUUUUCCAACGUCUGGGAGUAG